AACACAAGCGAACAACCUGGACGUCCAGAUCCAUCGAAAUGGGUGAAGAUUGACGGAACUGCUUACGUUCGGGAUUCCUGGUUCAAUGUUCCCCAAAGAGUACUCGAUUUGGUCGGCCGUUCUUUGCACAAUCAACCGCACCACCCGUUAUUUCUUAUCAAGCGGCGUAUUUUCGAUUUUAUGCAGAAGAAACACGCCCGACGUAACACGAAUAGUGGACAAUAUGGAUCACCGUUGUUCAGUGUGCACGACAGCUUAUCGCCAGUGGUUACCGCCAGACAGAAUUUCGAUAGCCUCCUCAUCCCCGAGGGUCAUCCAAGUCGAGCGGUUACUGAUACAUACUAUGUGAAUGAGACCACCUUGCUACGAAGUCAUACAUCUGCCCACCAGUUGGAUUUACUCAAUUCCGGACUGAACGCCUUUCUGUUGGCCGGUGAUGUGUAUCGACGAGACGAGGUUGACUCAUUGCAUUAUCCGGUUUUUCAUCAACUCGAAGGAGUCCGACUGUUCUCUGCAGAUGAGGUAUGCUUGUUCUCUAGUCCUUUAUUCCGAUUCUUGUAUUUGCGUGCUUAA